AUGAAAGGACGCACCUCAACUAACCUCACCCAAAGUCCAACAUCAAAAUGGACUACAAUCAACCAAACAAUGCGUGACCAAAAAAUAGGUAUAUUAUGUGUCCAAGAAACCCACCUGACAAACGAACACGAAAAGCAAAUAGACUCCCUUUUCUCCCGCAGACUAAGAGUACUCAACACAAGUGACCCGCAGCGCCCCGGUAGCUCAGCUGGCAUAGCCUUUGUCCUAAACAAAGAAUUAACAAACGCGUCAAGCGCCACAAUGGAAAUACUAAUACCGGGUCGAGCAGCUAUCAUGUCACUAAACUGGCACAACAACAAAACAAUCAAAAUUCUAAACAUAUACGCACCAAACAACGCAAAUGAACACCCUAAUUUCUGGAACAAAGUCAAAACGGAAUGGCUAAAAUCAAACGUCAGUGACAUAGACUUCAUGCUAGGUGACUUUAACCUUACUGAAAACCCAAUUGACCGCGCGCCUGCAAGACUAGACAAUGAACCCGCAAUAAACGCCCUGAGAGAACUAAGAUCAGAGAUCAAAGUACAAGACACUUGGCGAAAUGAAAACCCUCACCACUGUCUGUUCACAUUCAGUAGCAACCGACAUACACUGUCACGACUCGACAGAAUCUACACAUCCGAACGACACCUAGAAAGUAUGUUAGACUGGAACACAAAAGUCAGCCAAAUACCAUCAGACCACCAAAUGGUAUCAGUGAGAUUCGCCCCGCCGGGCUUACCACACAUCGGCAAAGGGAGAUGGACCUGGCCUAUAGGAAUAAUGGCAAACGAAGAUCUACUCAAACAAAUCAUUAAAAUAGGUGAUGAGAGCCAAAAGGAACUCGACGUACUAAGACAAAGAGAUGAAGAAACAAACCCACAAACUAUAUGGAAAUCAUUCAAAAACAAAAUCACAGCCGCGGCCAAAGAAACCACCAAGAAACAGCUAGCAAGAAUAAACCAACGAAACGUUAACGAAAGACUUACGCAAGAUCUCCAACUCAAAAGAAAUAGAUACCUCUGA